UCGAUCGAUAAAGUGUUCUGGUCUUUAAGCGGCUUGGAAAAUUUUAAUCAACAUCAAUAAUAUACUUAUUUGGUGAACAAUAUAAUUAUAUUUGAAUUUUAAAAAAGCAUUUCAGAAAAAUUCGAAAACCAUGAGUAAAAAUAGAAAUAAUUCGAGACAGGAAAAUGAUGAUUUCGAUGUCGAAGAAGAAUUGCAGAAAAAAAUCAAAUUAAAUGAUGAGACUGAAGAAUAUCUAUACGCUCGCGGGCCAAAAUAUGAUGAAAAUUUAUGGCCAAUACAAUGCUUUUUGUGUCGUUGGACGUAUAUUAUAAAUGAGCGAAAGUUUAAAACUCAUUUGAAAAGUGAUAGGCAUUUAGAAAAUUUGAAAAAGGCUGAAACAGAACCGCCGAAUGCUGAAGAAUAUCGAAAAAUUCAUGAACAAGUUUAUUCGGAUAGAAAUAAUUUGAAAAAUCCUAUCAAAAUAUAUCCAGGCGAUGAUAUAGCAGAAAUUACUCCGGAAUAUGGUGAUAGACUUCUCCCAAUAAAAGUAUACAAGUGGGAUAAUCCACCGUCUGAAAAAGUUACCGAAGAAUUAACUCCUGAUAUUAUCAUGGAUUAUAACCGCAGAUGCCCCAUAUUAGGGCUUUGUUAUGGCUUCAAAAUGGCAAAAAAUGAUAAAGUUCGUUAUUUCUGUGCAUUGUGUAUUCAAGAUUUGAAUGAGACCAAUGCUUAUCAGCACUUUAUAUCGAAGGAACACUCAAUUGCAUAUGCUGAAGCACAUUAUCCGGAAACCUUAAAAUUAUUGCCGUCUGAUAUGACUCAAGAACAAAAAAUUGAUGUUAUAAGAUAUUUUUAUCAUAAAAUUGAAGAGUGGAAAGGAUAUCGCCCAUUUUAUUUGGUUAAUGCCAACUACUUCGAUACAUUAAAAGAUCGAUUUCUACCAAGAGUCAUGAAAAUUUAUCAUUACAACGAAAAUACUGUAAAAUUUCCGGAUGAUGAUAUAAAAAAAAUAGCUGCAUUAGUGAAGUCUGGCAAAGUAAUGGUAACAAAAUAUUUAAAUAAAUUGCCUAAGCAACCAGAAAAAGAAGAGGAUUGUUUAAAAAUAGACACAUCUUCCGAAGCUGUACCACAAGAGGACGAAUGUGAUAUAGAGAAAAAUCGAAGAAAACGUGAUCGAAGCAGUUCAUUAAAACGAUCAAGUAACGCAAAAGAAAGUGAACGUGCUAAGCGUCUGGGUUUGGAUGAUAGUCCAUCCAACUGGCAAAAAUACCGCAUUUAUUGCGAUAAGGCAUUAAGAAAUCUAAAUGCUGAAUAUGCAAACUUUUUCGAUAUCUCUGAAAGACACCCAAAAUACCAAGAAGAAUGGAGAAAAUUUUAUAGAAUGAGAACAGAUCAACUAAGAAGAGAUCGUAUCAAUCCAAAUAACUAUAACUUUAUGCCAGACUGGAAUCGCUAUUGGAUGCGAUAUUUGGAAGAUUGCUAUAAUGAAGACGCUGAAAAAUGUCGUUUUGAAAUUCGAAAGUCAUUAAAAUUACCAUUCCGAACCAGGACACCACCCCCAAUUGAUAACAUUGUUGGCAACAACUCUGCUGCUUCUUCUAGUAAUUCCAAUAAAGGACCCGUACCAUUAAUGGAACUUGCAAUUAGCAAUCCUCUUAUGAUCGAUUAUCAAAGCGGUAACGUUAACGACGACUUUGAACCAUUUAAUCGUGGUGGUUCACGUGAAGAUGGCGGUGACGACGGUUCCAAUAACUUAAAUAAUAACAAUAACAGUAAAAAUAAUAACGUUAAUAAUAUUAAUAACGCAACAACUCAACAACCACAACCAUUAAUCAGUGAUGAACAACUACAACGUAUACAACAACAGCAAAAAGCUGAAAGCUCUGAUAUAAUAAGCGUAUUAUCAGUCUUAAGAUUGCUAGCAGCAUUAGAAAAUGAAUUGGGUAGCCUUGGACCCGUUGUUAAUCAACUUUUGGGUAAAGCUGUUCUGUAUGAAAAGGAAUCUAAAAUGAGUGCAAAUGAACUUUUACAUGAAAAUGAAUACUUUACAUUAUUUGUCACUUCAUUGGAAAAACUGAAGGGUAUUGUUCUAGCUGGUAUAAUUCCGGAAUCAAAAACUUUCGCAGCCAACAAAUGUAUAAAUGAUCUUGAAACAAUACUUAAUUUAUUCGAUGAAUAUUUACGUCGAAAUCCAAAUGCUGCACAGAAACAUAUAACAUCCAAUGAAAUAUUGGACGGUAAACCAAUCGGAGAUGAAACAUUGAAGAAUGAUUCAAUUAAAAUGCAACAAUCCUCUGGUCAACGAGGAGGUAACACUAUUUCAGGCAAUGGAAACAGUGUAAAAAUGAAUUCGAGUGCAAUAAAUGCAAAUGAUUCUCACUUUGCAUAUGAUACAACUAUGGAUGAUAUAAAGAAUGAAUCACUUUCUAAAGGAGGAGGCGGAUCAAUGGGACUUUCAGGAAAGAGAACAAAUAAUGAUGAUAUUCCAAGUUUAAUGGGAAACAAUUUUCGUAGAGGAAAUCCUUUUAGCAAUUGGUAAAACAAUAAAAUUAUAAAAAAUAUAAGAAAUAAAUAUAAAAAAGAUAAGGCAUACAUUAUGAUACACAUUAUUAAUUUCAAAAAGAAAUUUUAUUAAAAUUAUAAUUAAGAUUUAACAGAAACUCCAUAAGUACAGUAAUUCUGAUUUAAAAUAAUAGAGGAGAAAAAAUUCAACAUCAUGUUUUUAAUAAUAUGAAUGUAAUGAUUAUUG